AUGCUGGUGUCAUUCAAGUGGUUUGCAGAAAGUAUUAUGCUAGACGCACCACCAGGAUGCAUGCCAUGCUGUUACUUUAUCUUAAUCCUGAGAAAAGCAAUGGAAUACUGUCUUGCCCUUUCUUUUGAAGAUGUGUCACCUACAAUUGACAUUGUUCAAGUUCUGUUCAAGGCUCCACCAGUUCUUGCUUUUCUAGACAUUGAGUCAGCUUGUGACACUAUUGAUUGCUCAAUCAUUCAGAAAUUUCUCUGUUUUUUAGCCUCUAAUGCUAUGCUAGCUUUGUUGCAAAGUCUUUUUGACGAUGUGCAUGUUGAGGUUUUUCUCUUUAGUGUCACGUUCCAUUCGUUUCAGCCAUUCACUGGCGUUCUUCAAGGAUCUGUGCUCUCACCUCACUUGUACUCUGUAUAUAUCAAUUUUCUUCCAGCUACUCUUUGUGCUGCAGGUGAACUUUGCAACACUGUAUUUGAUCAGAUUUUGGCUAUCAAGAUUGAAGACAAAUUGGUUAACACUUUGCUGUUUGCUGAUAAUGUUGCAAUAAUUGCCAUACCUGAAGCCAUGUCAGUCAUUUUGAACUCUGCUGAGCAAUAUUCCAAGGAGCUUGGGUAUCAUUAG